AUAGUCGAUGUCCUCGACACACCAACCGCGGGUCUUUCCCUGCAUUUCGACUCUCUAGCUGACAAGAUCGAGUCCUCGAAGAAGAAAAACCGGAGAACCCUGGUGCACUGCUUUGCAGGGAUCAGUCGGUCUGCCACCAUCUGCAUGGUAUACUUGAUGAAGUAUCAAAACCUGACCCUGAAACAGGCGUAUCAGCGAGUCAAGAGCUGCAGGAAGGAGAUCCGACCCAACGUGGGCUUCUUCCGGCAGAUGAUUGAAUUCGAGAUCAGCUUAUUCGGCAAAAGCACGGUGGAGAUGAUCCCGAAUCCUUCUGCCAAUCCUGCUGGAAGACAUUGCAAUGAAGCUGUCGACGAGAUUCCAGGUAUGCAAUAA